AUGUUGUCCAGAUCCGUUCGUCGUGCGUUCUCCACCUCUACCCCAGCAUUGAAGACCUUGAAAAUUGGUUUGAUUCCAGGUGACGGAAUUGGAAGAGAAGUCAUUCCAGCUGGUAGAGCUGUGUUGGAAAACUUACCCUCCAGAUACGAUUUGCAAUUCGAGUUUGUUGACUUGGAGGCCGGUUUCGAGCUCUUCCAGAAGACUGGAACUGCAUUGCCAGACAAGACCGUUGAGGUUUUGCAAAAGGAGUGUGACGGUGCGCUUUUCGGUGCUGUGUCGUCUCCAACCACCAAGGUUGAGGGAUACUCCUCGCCAAUUGUUGCCUUGAGAAAGAAGUUGGGCUUGUAUGCUAACGUCAGACCUGUCAAGUCUGUUGAGGGAAUUGGCAGACCUGUUGAUAUGGUCAUUGUUCGUGAGAACACUGAGGACUUGUACAUUAAGGAAGAGAGAAUCUACACCAAGGAAGACGGCACCAAGGUUGCUGAGGCCAUCAAGAGAAUCUCCGAGACUGCCACCUCCAACAUUGCCAAGAUGGCUUACCAGAUUGCUUUGCUGAGACAGGUUAUCAGAAACACCUCUGAUGUCAAGUCUCUUCACUCCGAGCCUUCUGUCACCGUGACCCACAAGUCCAACGUGUUGUCUGUCUCCGACGGAUUGUUCCGUGAGACCUGUAAGAAGAUUCAUGACACCAACGUGGACUUCCAAGCUGUUCAAUACAAGGAGCAAAUUGUUGACUCCAUGGUCUACAAGAUGUUCCGUGACCCAGAGAUUUUCGACGUCGUUGUUGCUCCAAACUUGUACGGAGACAUCUUGAGUGACGGUGCUGCUGCUCUUGUCGGCUCCUUGGGUGUUGUGCCUUCUGCCAACGUUGGUGCUAACUUCGCCAUUGGUGAGCCUUGUCACGGUUCCGCUCCAGACAUCGAGGGUAAGGGCAUCUCUAACCCUAUUGCCACCAUCAGAUCUACUGCUUUGAUGUUGGAGUUCAUGGGCUACUCCGAUGCCGCAGCUAAAAUUUACACUGCUGUUGAUGCCAACUUGGCCGAGGACAAGAUUAAGACACCAGACUUGGGUGGUAACUCAUCUACUCAAGAGGUCAUUAACGACAUCGUCGCCAGACUUCUUUAA